GGCCCGGCUGCAGUCGGGGCUCGCGGGCGGGCGGCCCGGUGCGGGACCGGGCAGAGGCGCGGAGGAGGCGCGAGCAGCAGCAGCAGCAGCAGCGGCGGCACCAGCAGCAGCAGCAGCAGGAGGAGGAGAAAGAGAAAGGCAGCCGGGAGGGAGGGAGCGCCGAGCCGGAGACUAGCAGAGCGAAUUCUCCACCGUUCUCUAGCACCCAGCAAGCGGCGGCAACGGCAGCGGCUAGGAAUAGAUAGCUAGAAAUAUCAAAACAGCCCCGCUCCUGCACCAUGGUUCUGCGAAGUAGGCUUCCUUCUUGGAUUAUUUUGUGCUCCGUCUGGCUGUUCCGCUUUGCACACAUGGGGGAGGCACAGGCUGCGAAAGAAGUAAUAUUGCUGGACUCUAAAGCACAACAGACAGAGUUGGAAUGGAUUUCCUCUCCUCCCAAUGGGUGGGAAGAAAUUAGUGGACUGGAUGAAAACUACACUCCUAUACGAACAUACCAGGUAUGCCAGGUCAUGGAAUCAAACCAAAACAACUGGCUUCGGACUAACUGGAUUGCAAAAAGCAAUGCACAAAGGAUUUUUGUAGAACUGAAAUUCACUCUGAGGGAUUGUAACAGUCUUCCUGGAGUUCUGGGGACUUGUAAAGAAACUUUUAACUUGUAUUAUUAUGAAACAGACUACGACACUGGCAGGAAUAUCCGAGAAAACCAAUAUGUAAAAAUAGACACUAUUGCAGCAGAUGAAAGUUUUACCCAGGGUGAUCUGGGGGAAAGAAAAAUGAAACUUAACACAGAGGUGAGAGAAAUUGGACCUUUGUCCAAAAAAGGAUUCUAUCUUGCAUUUCAGGAUGUAGGGGCCUGCAUUGCUUUGGUCUCUGUCAAAGUCUACUACAAGAAGUGCUGGUCCAUCAUUGAGAACUUAGCUAUUUUUCCUGACACAGUGACUGGCUCAGAGUUUUCCUCUUUAGUUGAAGUACGAGGAACUUGCGUCAGCAGUGCAGAGGAGGAGGCUGAGAACUCUCCGAAGAUGCACUGCAGCGCAGAGGGAGAAUGGCUAGUGCCUAUUGGAAAGUGCAUCUGCAAAGCGGGAUACCAGCAGAAAGGAGACACGUGUGAACCUUGUGGCCGUGGGUUCUACAAAUCAUCUUCACAAGAUCUGCAGUGCUCCCGCUGCCCUACUCACAGCUUUUCUGACAAGGAAGGAUCUUCAAGAUGCGACUGUGAAGAUAGCUAUUACAGAGCACCUUCUGAUCCACCAUAUGUCGCAUGCACAAGACCUCCAUCUGCACCACAGAACCUCAUUUUCAAUAUCAACCAGACUACUGUGAGUUUGGAGUGGAGUCCUCCUGCUGACAAUGGGGGAAGAAAUGAUGUGACCUACCGCAUUUUGUGCAAGAGGUGCAGCUGGGAGCAGGGCGAAUGUGUUCCCUGUGGGAGUAACAUUGGAUAUAUGCCCCAGCAAACUGGAUUAGUAGAUAAUUAUGUCACUGUCAUGGACCUGCUAGCUCAUGCUAACUACACAUUUGAAGUUGAAGCUGUGAACGGGGUUUCUGACUUAAGUCGUUCCCAGAGGCUUUUUGCAGCUGUUAGUAUUACCACCGGUCAAGCAGCUCCCUCACAAGUUAGUGGAGUAAUGAAAGAGAGAGUGCUGCAGAGGAGCGUGGAGCUUUCCUGGCAGGAACCAGAACAUCCCAAUGGAGUCAUUACUGAAUAUGAAAUCAAGUAUUAUGAGAAAGAUCAAAGGGAGAGAACCUAUUCAACAGUAAAAACAAAGUCCACUUCAGCUUCUAUUAAUAACCUAAAGCCAGGAACAGUGUAUGUUUUCCAGAUUCGUGCUUUUACUGCUGCUGGUUAUGGAAAUUAUAGCCCUAGACUGGAUGUUGCCACACUAGAAGAAGCCACAGCCACGGCUGUUUCCAGUGAACAGAAUCCUGUUAUUAUCAUAGCUGUGGUUGCUGUAGCAGGAACCAUCAUUCUGGUCUUCAUGGUGUUUGGAUUCAUCAUUGGGCGAAGGCAUUGUGGCUAUAGCAAAGCUGAUCAAGAAGGGGAUGAAGAGCUUUACUUUCAUUUUAAAUUUCCAGGCACCAAAACCUACAUUGACCCUGAAACCUACGAGGACCCAAAUAGAGCUGUCCAUCAAUUCGCCAAGGAGCUAGAUGCCUCUUGUAUUAAAAUUGAGCGUGUGAUUGGUGCAGGAGAGUUUGGUGAAGUGUGCAGUGGGCGUCUAAAGCUUCCUGGCAAGAGAGAUGUUGCAGUAGCCAUAAAAACUCUGAAGGUUGGCUACACUGAAAAGCAGAGAAGAGAUUUCCUGUGUGAAGCAAGCAUCAUGGGACAAUUUGACCACCCCAAUGUUGUUCACUUAGAAGGGGUCGUUACCAGAGGGAAACCAGUCAUGAUUGUAAUAGAAUAUAUGGAAAAUGGGGCCUUAGAUGCAUUUCUUAGGAAACAUGACGGGCAAUUUACAGUCAUUCAGCUGGUGGGAAUGUUGAGAGGAAUUGCUGCUGGAAUGAGAUAUUUGGCUGAUAUGGGAUAUGUACACAGGGAUCUUGCAGCACGCAAUAUUCUUGUCAACAGUAACCUUGUUUGUAAAGUGUCAGACUUUGGCCUUUCCAGAGUUGUAGAAGAUGAUCCAGAGGCUGUCUACACUACUACUGGUGGAAAAAUUCCAGUGAGAUGGACAGCUCCAGAGGCAAUCCAGUACCGCAAAUUUACAUCAGCCAGUGAUGUAUGGAGUUAUGGAAUAGUUAUGUGGGAAGUAAUGUCUUAUGGAGAACGGCCUUACUGGGACAUGUCAAAUCAAGAUGUUAUAAAAGCAAUUGAAGAAGGCUAUCGUUUGCCAGCACCCAUGGAUUGCCCAGCAGGACUACACCAGCUGAUGCUAGACUGUUGGCAGAAAGAACGUGGUGAAAGGCCAAAGUUUGAGCAGAUAGUUGGUAUUCUGGACAAAAUGAUUAGGAACCCAAACAGCUUGAAAACCCCUCUGGGAACCUGUAGCAGACCAAUUAGCCCUCUUCUGGACCAGAACACUCCCGAUUUUACCACUUUCUGCUCCGUAGGCGAAUGGUUACAAGCUAUUAAGAUGGAAAGAUAUAAGGAUAAUUUCACAGCAGCAGGCUACAACUCUCUUGAAUCAGUUGCCAGGAUGACUAUUGAGGAUGUGAUGAGUUUAGGGAUCACGUUGGUUGGUCAUCAAAAGAAAAUCAUGAGCAGCAUUCAGACUAUGAGAGCACAAAUGCUACAUUUACACGGCACUGGCAUCCAAGUGUGAUAGACAUUUCUCCCUUAUGAGGGAGGUGACAGACUGAGAGAACAGCACUGGCCUUCAGUAUAUAUGAAGUGCUACUAGAAGACACUUGAUUUCCUGGGUCCUUCCUGCAGUGAAUAGAAGAGCUACAAGAAGCACCUACAGACUUGAACUCCUAAGUGCCACCAGAAUUUAUGAAAAGGGAAUUAGGAUCCACCAGUGGUGGCAAGGAAAACAGCAGUGACAAUAAACAAAGUACUACCUGAAUAAACAUACAAACACCUUGAGCUCUCUAACCUCCUUUUUAUCUAAUAGACUUUUUAAAUGUACAUAAAAAUUUAAAAAAGAAUAUAUUUGUCAGAUAAAAUCAUGAUAUUAUUGUUGAAUUCAACAAAAUAUUUUCCUUAAAUCUGUGAUUUCUGAAUCUUUUUUUAAUCAUUUGUGUUUAUUCUUCAUAAAGACUUUCUUUUAGUAUGAUGUUUAUAUCUUUGGACCUUUUUAGUGCUAAUUCUAUGACACAUUACUACACUGGGUACCUCUGAAGGAUUAUUUGAGUUCAUAGAGAUUUAAGAAGCAUGACCAAGCAAUCUGUCCAAACUUUGGUAUCCUUUUGUGCCAUUUACUUUUGUUAAAUCAGCACCGUAUUGACAAGGCUAGCUAAUUGGCAGGGAGUCAGGAAAAUGCAAGUUGCCAAGAGCUCUGAUAUUUUUUACAGAAUUUUUUAAGGUUACACAUAUACUAUCUUUUAAAAGAAAAUAAAAGACAAAAAAAAUAUAAAAAAUAAAAAAGAAAGAAAAGCAAUAAUGACCCCUAAGUAGUUCUAGGCACUUUUAGCAAAUUGUUUGCAAGAUGAUUUUAAUGGACUAGAGUUAAAGUGAGAUAUAUUCUAAGAUGUAGAUCUACAACUGUAAACCUGCUGAGGCACUACAUUGAAUGGACAAGUGAUUGUAGAAGUGUCUCAGAACAUGGAUGCAGUUCUCCAGUGUUACCUAAACCAUGUAAUCUGAGCACAUCACAUUUUUCUUCAAUACUCUGCAUUAACAAGUUGAAAGAAA